AUGCGCCGCCUUUUGACGACACAACGUCAACCCGGAAGUAAGAGACGUUCUCAGACAGGUCUUGCUGCGCUUUUAGUUUUGAUUGUUUACUUCGGGUGUAUUUGGACUACACGUGAAGCAACAGCAUGAGUCGGGAUAACGACUUAAGGUUAAAACUAGCAACGAGAGAAAAACUCAGAAAAUUCAACUCUCUGCGCGGCCGGGAGGUGCAGCCCGGUGAGUUCUGGGACGUGGUGGUGGUGACCGCUGCGGAUGAGAGCCAGAGAGAGGCGUACGAGCUGCAGAUCAGCGGGAAAGUUGACAGGAAGGAGCUUCCUCUUGGAACUCAGUACAAGGUGUUCUCAGACCCACCCGGAUGUAAAAUAGGGAAUGGAGGCUCCACUCUGUACGUGCUGCAGGAGCUGAAUCAAAUCUAUGGGAAGACUCUGGGCGGUCUGAGAGUCAUCAUCAUACAUGCAGGAGGCUUUAGUCAGCGUUUGCCCAGUGCCAGCGCCAUGGGGAAGAUAUUCAGCGCCAUGCCGCUCGGCGACCCUGUCUAUCAAAUGCUGGAUCUCAAACUAGCUGUAUAUGUGGACUUCCCCUUACAGAUGAAGCCCGGCGUGUUGGUGACCUGUUCAGAUCACAUUGAGCUCUACAGUAUUGGAGAGGAUCAGAGCGUCAGGUUUGACCAACCUGGCUUCACAGCUUUAGCCCACCCCUCCCCGCUCUCUAUCGGGACUACACAUGGAGUGUUUGUGUUGGAUUUAAACGAAAAGUCUGCUCACUCAGAAAUUGAGAACAUUUCCUGCCUGCGCUUCCUGCACAAGGUCAGCAUCGAUCAGAUGAGAGCUUGCGGAGCUGUUUGUAAAAGGCAGAAUGGUUGUUUUUCUCCCUCUGAUGAUGAGUUUGUCUACACAGACAGCACCUAUUAUGCCGACUAUGAUACCAUGAAGUCUCUUCUUAAUCUGCUGAAAGAGCUGGGGCCUUUGGAGUGCGAGAUAGACGCAUACGGGGACUUUCUCCAAGCGCUGGGCCCUAAAGCCACGAUAGAUUACACCAGCAACACUGCAAAUGUCACCAAAGAGGAGAGCAGCCUGGUGAAAACCCGGCAAAAGAUCUUCCGUCUUUUAAAAGGGACUCCCUUGAAUGUCAUUCUGUUGAACAACUCCAAGUUUUAUCACAUCGGAACCACAUCAGAGUACCUCUUCCACCUGACUGAGGAUGUGGCGCUGAGGAAUGAGCUGGGCCUCCUGUCAAGCGCCUUCAGUGUGCAUGUGAAUGAAAGCUCUGAGGGCUCCUCGCAAAGCUGCGUCAUGUACAGUGUUGUUGAUCCCAGCUGCUCGGUGGGAGCCGGAUCAGUGGUGGAGUACUCCAGACUGGGAGCAGGAGCUUCUGUAGGGAAGGGCUCCAUCGUCAGCAGCUGCUGGGUCAGCGCGGGCCUCUCAGUGCCCGACCGAGUCUUCAUGCAUUCACUGUGUGUGAUUCACAAGAACAAAACCGGGUUUGUAACUGUCGUGUUUGGGAUAAAUGAAGACUUGAAGCGCGGUUUUGAAGUCCCUGCAAACCUGGAAGAGCUGAAGUUCUGUGGUGUCAGCCUGGCAGACUGCCUGUCCCGCUGGGGGAUGAAAAAUGAACUCCUGAAGUUUUCCGGAGAUGCAUCCAGCGCUAGUUUGUGGAAGGCUUGUUUGUUUCCUGUUUGCUCCGAUCCACAAAGCUCAUUCUCAGCGUCUCUGGAGAUGCUGCAGGCUGUGCUGAGUGGGUCCACAUUGACUUUACCAAAAGACACAAUGCUGAUAUCCAUGCAGGAGGCCUUAGAGUGUAAGAACCUGGAGGAGAUGUUUAAGUUCAGGAAGGGACUACAUGAAGACAUCACGCAGAGAACAUGAACAAAUUAGUUACUGUUAUUUCAGGAGAGCGUCAGUCUCAGUAUGAAACCACAAAUACUGUAAAUAAAAAAUUAAAUAAAAAAAAUUAAUGAAAUAAAUCAUUCAUAUCUCGCUCA